AUGGAGGACGAUCGCAUGGAGUUUGAUCAUGGUGCGUAUAUGGUAUGGGCAUCAUCAACUGAUAUAAAAGAUGCGAGAAUCCGUCGGAGAGGACGAGGAUUUGGUGCAAACGAUUCAAGCGAACCGGAUGGCGUCAAGUCGCAGGGAUUCGAACAGCUGGAUGUUGAGAUGGACAAAGUUGAUGACGAUGAUGGUGUGAAAGAGCGUUUUAACGAAACAAAGGCAGUGCGAUCUAUGGAGGGAUGGGUCCUUGUCGUCACCAAUAUCCACGAAGAAGCCUUAGAAGAGGACGUUAUGGACUUAUUCAUGGAGUAUGGCAAAGUCCAAGAUUUGCACCUAAAUUUGGACCGACGAACUGGAUUUGUUAAGGGGUAUGCACUGAUCCAAUACAAGACACAGCAAGAAGCAGAGAAUGCGAUUGAUGCGUGCAAGCGGGGUUUGACUCUCCUUGAGCAACCGCUGGAUGCUGAUUAUGCAUUUGUGCAACCACCGAAGCAGCCUCCGCACGCGCGCGGUGGAAGCCGUCGACCUGCGCGUGAACGCAGCUUAUCGCCUAUGCGCCAUUGA